AUGGAUUCUUGUUGCUACCUUGGCUUGAAGACAAACAGUGUAUUGCCUAAGGACAGUUUAAAGAAUGUAGAGAACAAGUUUUGGGGUGGUGAGAAGAUCAAAGGAAGCUUCUUUAAACGUCUUGCUUCAGAUUCAAGUUCCAAGAGGUCCAGAAAUCGAAAGCUGAGGCCCGGUGUUGCUUACGCGGUUGCUACUUCAAAGAAUGCUAAAGAGGCUUUGUCAAUACAGCCUUCGAUGUUCCAGAGAAGAAAAGCAGAUCCAAAAAAUGUGGCUGCAAUCAUUCUAGGUGGAGGCGAUGGAGCUAAACUCUUUCCUCUUACAAAGCGAGCAGCAACACCAGCUGUUCCUGUUGGCGGAUGCUAUCGGAUGAUCGAUAUCCCGAUGAGUAAUUGCAUCAACAGUUGCAUAAACAAGAUUUUUGUGUUGACUCAGUUUAACUCGGCUUCCCUCAAUCGCCAUUUGGCUCGUACUUAUUUCGGAAAUGGCAUAAACUUUGGAGAUGGUUUCGUUGAGGUUCUAGCUGCUACUCAAACUCCUGGUGAAGCGGGGAAGAAGUGGUUUCAAGGAACAGCAGAUGCUGUGAGAAAGUUUCUUUGGGUGUUUGAGGAUGCUAAGAACAGGAACAUUGAGGAUAUUAUUAUCUUGUCUGGAGAUCAUCUCUAUAGAAUGAACUAUAUGAACUUUGUUCAGUACCAUGUCGAUAAUAACGCGGAUAUUACUCUUUCGUGCGCUCCAGUUGGUGAGAGUCGUGCAUCGGACUAUGGGCUAGUGAAUAUUGAUCGAAGCCGGCGUGUAGUCCAUUUCUCUGAGAAACCAACUGGCAUCAAUCUGAAAUCAAUGCAAACCGAUACUACUAUGAUUGGACUGUCUCAGCAAGAAGCAGCAAAAUCUCCAUACAUUGCAUCAAUGGGAGUUUAUUGUUUCAAAACCGAAGCUUUGCUGAAGCUUCUGACUCAUUGUUAUCCGAGUUCCAAUGACUUUGGAUCUGAGAUUAUUCCUGCAGCUAUAAGAGAUCACAAUGUUCAAGGAUACAUUUACAGAGACUAUUGGGAAGAUAUUGGAACUAUAAAGAGCUUCUACGAAGCUAAUCUUGCUCUUGUCGAGGAGCAUCCAAAGUUUGAGUUUUACGAUGAGGAUACGCCUUUCUACACUUCUCCUCGGUUUCUACCACCCACCAAAACGGAGAAAUGCCGUAUUAUAGAUUCGAUAAUCUCGCACGGAUGUUUCUUGGGAGAAUGCAGCAUCCAACGUUCCAUCAUUGGCGAAAGGUCACGUCUUGAUUUUGGUGUUGAGCUUCAGGAUACACUAAUGUUAGGAGCUGAUAGUUACCAAACCGAAUCUGAGAUCGCGUCUCUGCUCGCGGAAGGAAAUGUUCCAAUAGGCAUUGGCAAAGAUACAAAGAUCAGGAAAUGCAUCAUUGACAAGAAUGCAAAGAUCGGUAAAAACGUGAUGAUCUUGAACAAAGAUGAUGUGCAAGAAGCUGAUAGGCCAGAGGAAGGAUUCUACAUUCGAUCCGGGAUCACUGUGAUUGUCGAAAAAGCCACCAUUAAAGACGGAACUGUAAUAUGA